GAAACUCUCCGCUGUGGCCCCGUCCAUCUCUGCUCUUGCGGCCGUAAACCCUCCUGGCUGCCCCUGCUCGUCUCUCCCACUCCACCAAUUCCUCGAACACUCGCCGUCGCCGCCGUCUACAUUCCAUUUCGAUCCACCGCCACCACUCCCGCCGGCAGCAAUGGAGGAGUACCUGGCGAACAUGAAGACCCUCCGCUGCUACAUGAACGAUCUGGAAGAGGAGGCAGCGAAGCGGUCGGCGGACGAGCAGCGGCAGCGCACGGCCAUCGAUGCCCACGACAGCGACACUGCCUUAGUGAGGGCGCAGGCGAAGCAGGUGAGCGACGAGGCCGAACACCUUGCCAAGGCGAGGGCGCAGGUCUGUGUGGAGAUGGCCGAGAAGCAGGGCAGGAUCGCCGCACUGGAGAUGGAGUGCGCCACGCUGAAGCAGACAUUAGAGCUCCUCCAUCAGGAAAUCACAAGUACAACCACAAAACUUAGCGAGAAAAGAUUGUUUUACACAAAGACAGCGGAAACUUUGACUGUCAAACUGCAAGAGCAUCAGGAUUGGCUUGGUUCAAAUAAGAAUAAGAUGGUUGCAGUAGAACCAUUUGUUGAAGCACCUCCCAACACGCAAAACUUUGUUGAAGGGAACGGGUAUGGAAUGCUUAACUCAACAGGGAGCAUAGACAAGGAAUCUGAUGUUGGAAGCAAGCAGCUGGAGUUGGCUCAACUUAAGAUAGAUGAUAUCAAAGAAAAAAGAUCACGACUCCUCUUAGAAAUCAGCGAACAUAAGCAGAUCCUUGAGCAGGAUAGGAACAUAACCCGUAGCUUUCCUGCUGCAGUACAGCAGAUGGAUAUGAAGUCCUUGGAGGAGGAAUACAAAGCCCUACAAUGUGAUAAAGCUGGAGAAGUUGAGUACUUGCAGUCUCUUGAAGAACGAAUCAACGGAAUGAAGGGAGUUUCUGAUCCUAUCAAAUGCUGCUGCGGACUGGAGUACACGGUAGAACUAGGCGGUGAAACCAUGUGUGCGAGUUAAACUCAUAUGUAGAUGAUCACAGGUCCACUCUGUUCGCACUAUGUAUAUGCGUGUCUGUUGGUACAGCUUGAAAACUCCAUAUAGAGUUACUAAACGUGAUAAAUGGACAACUGAAAAGUAUACAGCGACAACUUAGUCUAUAACUCUAUAUUACAUCCGCUCCCAAAUAUAAAGCUUUUUUAGAAAGCUGAAUUAGUUUUUUCUGAAAAGGCUUAUACAGUAUUUCGGAAUGGAGGUAGUAGUACUUUGUGAAAGCGUGAUUUUUUUUGUGUGAAAGCGUGAUUUGUAAUGUAGGAAGUUGAACUCUUUGGGAGCUUCAGUAGAUCUCAUAGUACAUUCAUCAUUUGAACA